AUGCCCGUCUCAUCGCUUCCAAUUCCAUCUCCUGUACGCCCUCCAGCGGUACAGCUUUCUAUUAGCUGCUACGAAGCCGCCCAUAUCGCUCAAGCCGAACUUGACGACGCGCCUCAUCCUCAUCAUCAUCACCAAUCUCAACCUGACGCGUUGCUCGUACCUCAACCUGCCCCAGGACGCAAAAAGACGUCAACGACAAAUGGAAAGAGCAGACGUAGAGGCGGUCAGCAGUAUAACGCGGAUUGGAAAACCACCAUGUGCAACAUGACACCCUUCGGAGCAUGUACGAGACCGCAGACGUACUAUUCACUCUUUUGCGAGUUUCCGAAAACGCCGAUAACACCUCGUGUGGGAAUUUUGUACCUCAUCCAGAGGAAACACGCUUUUGCAGUGCUGGUUACCGAUGUGGUAAAUGCGAAAGGUAUGGCGCUGACGGGAACAGAUCACCGUGAGACCGGCUGCGAGACCAAAGUGCUCGAUCUUCUCAAUCGUCGAAAGGAAGAAAAUCGUAUCGCUCAACGUCGACGUUCAGAAGUCCAUGCUCAUGCCACGGCAUACUUCGAUAAAUGCUUCGGCGAUAUAACAUCAACACGCCGAAAUUCUCCUCCUAGCUACCCUUCUCUCCCAUCUCCUCCAUCCUCAUCAAAUACAGUUGUUGCCCCCAUCGCCGACAGUCGAAUGCGUUGGGGAGGUGGCUCUUCUUCGUCUAUUUCGUCGAUCUGUUCCGGUCCGGCUAUCAGUCCGCCUGCCAGUAUCGUGGGGGAGUCACGGGGUGGACAAGUGGUGGGCGGGAAAAUGGGUACACGAGAUUAG